AAUGACCCUUUUGUUAGGUCCUCCAUCAUCAGGGAAGACCACCCUUCUGUUGGCUCUAGCAGGACAGUUGGACUCAAGUCUAAAAGUUCAAGGACAAGUGAGUUACAAUGGUUAUAAGUUUGAUGAGUUUGUGCCUCGGAAAACUUCAGCCUACAUUAGCCAAAAUGAUGUUCAUCUAGGAGACCUAACUGUCAAAGAAACUCUUGAUUACUCGACAAGAUUCCAAGGAAUCGGUCAUCGCUUUGACAUGUUAAGUGAGCUUACUAGGAAAGAGAAAAAUGCUGGACUCUUACCAGAGGCAGAAGUAGAUCUUUUCAUGAAGGCAACAGCAGUAGAGGGAGCUAAGAGCAGUAUAAUAACUGACUACACUCUCAAGCUGUUGGGACUCGAUAUAUGCAAGGACACAUUGGUUGGGGAUGAAAUGAAGAGAGGAGUUUCGGGUGGACAAAGGAAGAGAGUGACUACAGGGGAGAUGAUUGUUGGACCUUCAAGAACUCUUUUCAUGGAUGAGAUUUCAACUGGUUUAGAUAGCUCCACAACAUUUCAAAUAGUCAAGUGUUUGCAACACAUUGUCCACCUCACUGAGGCCACCAUUUUAAUGUCCCUCUUGCAGCCGGAUCCCGAGACUUUUGAUCUUUUCGACGACAUCAUUCUCCUGUCUGAGGGUCAGAUCGUCUACCAAGGCCCCAGAGAUCACGUACUUGAGUUUUUUGAGAGCUGCGGAUUCAAAUGCCCUGAAAGAAAAGGCACUGCCGAUUACCUUCAAGAGGUUACAUCAAGGAAAGAUCAAGAGCAGUACUGGUCACAAAUGGACAAGCCUUAUAGAUAUAUAUCAGUCACAGAAUUUGCAAACAGGUUUAAGGCAUUUCAUGUUGGUCUCCAACUUGAGAACGAGCUGUUAAUCCCCUACAAUAAGUCACAGAGCCAUGAAGCUGCACUUGCAUUCUCAAAAUACUCAGUUCCCAAAAUGCAGCUUCUCAAGGCCUCCAUAGACAGGGAAUGGCUCCUGAUCAAGCGGACCAUGCCUGUUUACAUCUUCAAAACUGUUCAAAUCAUCGUUGUCGCCAUCAUUGCCUCGACAGUGUUCUUAAAGUCCACACUAGAAAUCUCAUACGACGAUGGCUCCCUAUACAUUGGCGCAAUAAUAUUCGCCAUGAUAGUCAACAUGUUUAAUGGCUUUGCUGAGCUCUCCAUGGCCAUCAUGAGACUGCCUGUGUUUUACAAGCAGAGGGAUCUCCUCUUUUAUCCUGCUUGGGCCUUCACCAUACCAAAUUUCCUACUCCGAGUUCCCAUUUCAGUAUUCGAGUCUUUGGCUUGGACGGCAGUGACAUAUUACGCCAUAGGCUACGCACCAGAAGCCAGCAGGUUUGCCAAGCAGUUAUUGGUUGUUUUUCUGAUACAGCAAAUGGCUGCUGGGCUAUUUAGGUUCAUGGCUGGAGUGUGCAGAACCAUGAUCAUUGCUCACACAGGGGGUGCACUUUCUCUGCUGAUCGUGUUUUUACUCGGGGGUUUCAUCCUUCCAAAAGCACGAAUUCCUGCGUGGUGGUCAUGGGGACACUGGGUUUCACCUCUCUCGUACGGCUUCAAAGCCUUAACUGUUAAUGAGAUGCUUUCUCCAAGAUGGAUGAAUAAACUGGCAUCAGGGAACAUUACAGAGUUGGGUGUAGCAGUACUAGAGAAUUUUGAUGUCCCUCGUCAGCAAUACUGGUAUUGGAUUGGUGUUGCUGCUCUUUUGGGGUUUACCAUUCUCUUCAAUGUUUUGUUUACCUUUUCACUCAUGUACCUCAAUGCAUUUGGGAAACCACAAGCAAUCAUAUCCGAAGAUGAUGCCAAUAAGGAAGCCAACCAAGUGAAAUCUCAAACGAUGAAAAUAAGUUAUUUUUAUGAUAAUGUUUCAGGAGAAAUGCGACUCCUAGAUGGAAAAAGAGGAAUGGUUCUUCCAUUUAAACCUUUAUCAAUGUCAUUUGACAGCAUAAACUACUAUGUGGAUAUGCCCCCAGAAAUGAAGCAGCAAGGUGUGACAGAGAACAAGCUACAGUUGCUGAGAGAAGUAACUGGAACAUUUAGACCUGGAGUCUUGACUGCUUUAAUGGGAGUCAGUGGAGCAGGGAAGACAACACUCAUGGAUGUUCUAGCAGGAAGAAAAACCGGAGGUUACAUUGAAGGAGAUAUAAGAAUCUCAGGCUUUCUUAAGAAACAAGAAACUUUUGCAAGAAUUUCUGGUUACUGUGAGCAAACUGAUAUUCACUCCCCACAAGUGACAGUCAAAGAGUCCUUAAUCUACUCUGCCUUCCUAAGACUCCCUCAAGAAGUCAAUGACAAGGAAAAACUGGCGUUUGUGGAAGAAGUGAUUGAACUUGUAGAGCUUAACAAUCUCAAGAAUGCCAUAGUUGGGCUUCCAGGAAUCACUGGCUUGUCCACUGAACAAAGGAAGAGACUAACAAUAGCAGUGGAGCUUGUAGCUAAUCCUUCAAUCAUUUUCAUGGAUGAGCCAACUUCAGGCUUGGAUGCUAGAGCAGCCGCCAUUGUAAUGAGGACAGUGAGAAAUACUGUGGACACAGGCAGAACCGUUGUCUGCACCAUUCAUCAGCCUAGCAUUGAUAUCUUUGAAGCCUUUGAUGAGCUCCUACUUAUGAAGAGAGGAGGACAAGUCAUCUACUCAGGUCCAUUAGGCCAGAAUUCUCAAAAAGUUGUUGAAUAUUUUCAAGAAAUUCCGGGACUGAUUAAAAUCAGAGACAAACAAAACCCAGCAGCCUGGAUGCUUGAAGUAAGCUCAGAAGCAGCUGAAGUUCGGCUUGGGAUUGAUUUUGCUGAGCACUUCAAGUCAUCAUCUUUGUACCAGCAAACCAAGAGUAUAGUCAAAGACUUGAGUUCUCCAGCUGAAGGAGCUAUAGAUCUCCAUUUCCCAACUCAGUACUCUCAGUCCACAUGGGGUCAGUUCAAAUCCUGCUUAUGGAAGCAAUGGUGGACUUACUGGAGGAGCCCUGACUAUAACUUGGUUCGGUACUUUUUCACCUUUGUUGCUGCUCUAGUGCUUGGUUCAAUCUUCUGGCAAGUUGGAACCAAAAGGGAGAACACGACAGAUCUGACCAUGAUGAUUGGAGCCAUGUAUGUAGCCGUGUUGUUUGUUGGAAUCAAUAAUUGCUCAACUGUGCAGCCCGUUGUGGCCAUUGAAAGAACAGUUUUCUACCGAGAAAGAGCUGCUGGGAUGUAUUCAGCUCUCCCCUAUGCCCUGGCGCAGGUGAUUGUUGAGAUACCAUACAUAUUUGUUCAAACUACAUAUUAUUCUGUUAUAGUAUAUGCAAUGGUGAGCUUCCAAUGGUCACUACCAAAGUUCUUUUGGUUCUUCUUCAUCUCUUUCUUCUCCUUCCUCUACUUCACCUACUAUGGAAUGAUGACCGUCUCAAUCACACCAAAUCAUGAAGUCGCCGCCAUUUUUGCAUCAGCAUUUUAUGCACUUUUCACUCUAUUUUCAGGGUUCUUCAUACCCAAACCAAGAAUUCCUAAGUGGUGGAGAUGGUAUUACUACAUUUGUCCCUUGGCGUGGACAGUUUAUGGGCUGAUUGUGACUCAAUAUGGGGACAUAGAAGAGAGUAUAAAGGUAGAAGGGACCACACCCGACCCGACCAUCAAAUGGUACGUUGAAAAUCAUUUUGGGUAUGACCCGAAUUUCAUGGGGCCCACUGCGGCCAUUUUGGUUGCUUUUGGUGUCUUUUUCGCCCUCAUGUUUGCUCUGUGCAUCACCAAGUUGAACUUCCAAAACAGGUAGCAA